AUGCAGUUCUCCCGCCUCGCCUCUUUCGCGCUCUUCUUCCUCUCUCUCGCCUUCCUGGCGAGCGCGACCCCCAUCGUCGCCAAAGAGGCCCACGAGCUUGAAACUCGCACCGCCCCAGACACAGCGGCCAUCGCCAUCGGCACGACGCUCCUCGCAAACAUCCAGGCGGACGUGGCUGUCAUUGCCGACAUCCUCGCUGGUGCGACGGUCGACGUGGCCGCGUUCGCUGACGUUUUCGCCCAGAUCAACGUCGACAUCAACGCAGCCGUCGUCGCCCUCGCAGCACUCGACGUCCAAGGCUACCUUUCCCUCCACAUCCUUGCAGUCGUUACCGUAUAUGCCAACGUCUUCCUUGCACUCUUCCCGGCGCUCGUCAAUGUUUGUGCUGCCGUCCCGGCGUGCGCGACGGCCUAUUUCCCCGCGCUCGAUAUUCAGCUUACAGCGCUCCUCAACAUCUGCAUUUCUGUGUUCCUUGGCUUCUUGGUGGCUUUUGCACCUCUGGUCGUGAGCAUCUCCGCAUUCCUCAACCUCCAGACAGCAGUCUUCGUCAACCUCCACGCGCUCCUCGGCUCCCUCCUCUAA